UAAAGAGAACACAGUGGAUACGCAAGGUAGCGUAGUUUUUGUGAACAAGGAAUGUCGUUACACUACGUAAAUGCAACAUGUAAAUCCUUCAUGACACGUGCUGGAAAUAUUGAAGACUUUGAGGAGAAACUUAGUAAGCCCGGCCCAACGUCUGAACGUGUACAAAACCAUUAAUGGGGCUGACCAAGCAGUACCUCCGCUAUGCCUCCAGUGCCAUGUUUGGCAUCGUGGGCACCCACAAGGCUAACGUGUUGUUUGUGGAACUCCGCGGAACCCAGGGGAAGUAUGCAGCCGCCGCAGCCUGUGAGCAUGUCUUCGUUUGGGAUUUACGCAGAGCUGAAAAGAUGCUUGUCCUCCAUGGAGACAAAUCAGAAGUUUCAGUGUUGGCUCAGAGUCCUCAGGGCCAGAGCCUGGCUGUUGGCUACGCAGACGGCGCGGUCAAGCUCUUCAGCCUCAUCACGGGUGAGGUGACUGUCACAUUCAGCGGUCACAAGUCGGCCGUCACAGCACUGAGCUUUGACGAAAGGGGCCUCCGACUGGCUUCAGGCUCCAAAGACACGGAUGUGAUAGUUUGGGAUGUGGUUAACGAGAGUGGUCUCUACAGGCUAAAAGGUCACAAGGGUGUGGUCACUCAGUGCCGGUUCAUGAGAGAACACAACAUCCUGAUUACAAGUUCCAAAGACACUUUUGUCAAAUUCUGGGACAUUGACACGCAGCACUGUUUCAAGACUCUGGUUGGUCACAGGACUGAGGUCUGGGACUUUGUUCUCCUUGGCGCCGACCAGAGGCUGGUGACGGGGGCUGCAGACAGUGAGCUUAGAGUCUGGGAUAUAACAUUUCAAGAUGAGGAGGAGACCACUGACGGUUCCGAACAGCCAGCUAAGAAGCAGAAGUUGUCCUCUAUCAUCGGUGAAGACGAAGAAGAGGAAGACGAAGAAGAAACAAGCAUUCUCAGCUGCAAGGGUGUGGGAUCCAUCAUGCGGAAAGGUCGUCAACGAGUCGUGUCACUGUCAACUGACGGUACAGGAAGAGUGCUGUGUUGCCAUGGUGCUGAUUGCUGGUUGGAAGUCUUCCUCGUUUUGUCCGCCGAAGAAAAGAACAAACUUCUUAGCAAGCGCCAGAGAAAAGCCAGAAAGAAAAGCAGGGAGACUGCAGCAGAUGGAGAAAGCCAAAAGGAAAUUCCAGAGAGGCUAGAGCUGAAAGAUGAAAUCCAACAUCGCUGUGUUCUAAAGGCUUCUAGCAAAAUACGGUCUUUCGCGACCAUCCUGGAAAACAGCGCCGCGUCCCUCAAACUGGUGCUGCAGCUGCACAGUAAUUCUCUUGAGACCUAUAUCUUCCCGUCAAUGGAGGGCCAGCAGUGGGAGGCGGAGAAACAAGGCAUGGUCACCUUCCCGGGCCACCGGUCAGAUGUCAGGACCGUGGCCUUCAGCUCGGACAACACUACGGUGCUGACCGGCGCUGGAGAAUCCGUCAAAGUCUGGAACAGAGCAACACAACAGUGCAUCCGGUCCAUGAAGUCAGGUUAUGCUCUCUGCUCCGCUUUUGUGAUCAGCGAAAGGCACUCUCUGAUUGGAACAAAGACUGGCCACCUAGAGUUGUUUGACAUUGCAGCAGGUGCAUUACUGGAGAGAGUUGAGGCCCAUGAGGGCGCUAUCUGGUCCAUAGCUACAUCUCCAGAUAAGCGAGGAUUUGUGACAGGCAGUGCAGACAAGACUCUCAAAUUCUGGGAUUUUGAACUGGUCAAGGAUCCAGACUCCCAGCAGGCCAGUAAGCGACUGACCGUGGUCCACCGACGCACCUUACAGAUGUCAGAUGACGUCCUGUGCGUCAAGUAUUCCCCAGAUCAGAGGCUGAUAGCUGCAGCCUUGCUAGACUCCACCGUCAAGGUCUUCUUUGCUGAUACGCUGAAGUUUUUCUUGUCAUUGUAUGGACACAAGCUCCCCGUGUUAACAAUGGACAUAUCAUCAGACAGCACUUUGAUAGUAACUGGCUCGGCUGAUCGCAACGUCAAAAUCUGGGGGCUGGACUUCGGAGAUUGCCACAAGUCCAUGUUUGCCCACGACGACAGCAUCAUGAGCCUGCAGUUUGUGCCCCACACCCACCUGUUCUUCAGCGCUGGCAAGGACAAGAAGAUCAAGCAGUGGGAUGCUGAUCACUUCGAGCAUAUCACCACAUUAGAAGGCCAUCAUGCCGAAGUGUGGUGUUUAGCAGUCAGCCCUAAUGGAAACUAUCUGGUGUCUGGGUCACAUGACAAGUCCCUGCGUCUGUGGGAGAGGACCCAGGAGCCCUUGGUCCUGGAGGAGGAGCGGGAGAUGGAGAGAGAACAAGCUGCAGAGGAGGCCAUGGCCCACGAAGAGCAGCCUGCGUUCCCAGGUCAAAGUGCAAACAGUGAGCUUGCAUCAGCGGGUAAACAGACUGCGGAGACCGUCAAGGCAGCCGAACGUAUCAUGGAGGCCCUGGAACUGUACAAGGAGGAAACAGCCAAGGAGAAGGAGCACGAGGAGAUACAGAAGGCCAGUAAGAAGGAGAUUCCCCCCUUCACAAAGCACCCCAUUCUGCAAGCAUACGGCAACACCUCGCCCACAAGAUACGUGCUUGAAGUUAUCAAGAAAGUCAAGUCCAGUGAACUAGAGGAGUCACUGUUGGUGAUACCAUUCAGCUAUGUGCUGGAGCUUCUGCCUCUGCUUGAGACCUUCAUCAGCUCAGGAUGGCAGGUGGAGCUAGCCUGCAGGUGUCUGCUCUUUCUUCUGAGGGUUCACCAUGGUCAGAUCACAUCCAGCCAGUCGCUGCUACCAAUCAUCGACAGAUUACGCACCACCUCACUGCAACAGGUGCACCAGAUGAGAGAUCGGAUUGGGUUCAACCUGGCCGGUCUGCAGUUUCUCCAGCAGGAACUGGAGUCCCAGAAAGAGGUGCAACUCUUUGGCGAUGCCACGGCCAAGAUGAAGGACAAGAACAAGAAGAGAAAACGAAAACUCAUGAUCACCUUGACGAGUUAAGAUACCUGAGAAUUCCUUCAAUAUUAAAUUCCUACCCAGGGCAAUAUUCUUUAUUAAGGAAGAAUUUUUAGGGGGCAGAACUUUCCCUUAUAAAAGCACCGUAUACUUUAUUUUCAAAAUACAAACAGAAAACAGACUGUGGGUACAUGAACAUGUUGCGUCUAAAGUGAACCAUUUGCUUACAAAAAAUAUGAAUUGUACAAGCAUGCAUUAAUACAAGGAACCACACAUUUGGCAGUGCAGCAUUUGUACUUGCAUUUGUACUUUGGCCUGUGUUCGAUAGAGUCGGUCACAAAGUGUCAUGAGAGUGUGGUUAAUUAAGUCUAGUAAUCAGCCUCAAGUACUGAUGCAGUAAUACUGUCAGUAUUGUAUAAAAUCAGCAUCCUGUAAUCAGUGUUUUCGAUUUGUGCAGGUAUUAAGACAAAGCUAGUGGCCAAGCAUUGUUUGUAUGGUAUCCUACGUUCGAUUAAAAACUACUGCAUGUAAGAAAACUAU